UUGAUAAGGUCAAAAAAAAUUUUUCGUUUGAUAAUAGCAUGUUAGUGGAGCACUGUGGUGGUAGAGGCGGUGCUGAUUCAACAAAUGGAGGCCGUGAACUACUUGCAAAGUCCCUCAGCAUGGUCACCCUAGCAAUGAUUAAUGUAGUAUUGCAAGCGGCCGUGACAUAUGGCAACCCAAGUGGGGCACCACCCAGCAGCUUGAGUUCCGUAUCACCCAGCAACUUGAGUUCCGUAUCACCCAGUAACAAUGCCUCCAAGGGGCAUCUCAGUACAAGUUCCGUAAUUGAAUCUUCCACGCGUUCAGCGAGCAGUGUCACUGGUGCCAGUACACUGCCAGUCACCACAACACUGCCACCAAAGUGCACCGGGUACAAAAUCGCCACUAAUACUCUGAUCGGGGUAGUGGUGUUACUGGUAGUGGUGGUGGUACUGGUAGGUGGGUACCUGAAAUGGAACGGCCGAAACUGUCUUCGAGGGAUUCCGAGACCCCCCAAAAAAAUGACUAAAGAUGGUGAGUCUGCAGAAAGUGUCCGUCUCACUUACGGCAGGAAAUCCACUUCUUGGAAGAUUAAUCCCACUGUAGGAAAGAUGUACCCUCUUGCAAAUAAGAUGGGCCCUGAUACAGGGAAGUCCUACGCAGCCAUAGGUCAGACCUACUUCCCUGCAGGAAAGAAGGACUUCCUACAGGGCCCACACCAGCCCAAGGAGAAGCUGGACAACAUUAACUUCUCCUUCAACUCUAGUCUCUCCAGGUCACCUUAUUAUUAUGACCACGAUCCCAGUUUUUCCAUACCAUCACCGACCGUAAAACGUGACUUUGAUUUGCUGACCUCGCCGGUGCCCCCACAAUGUCAAGCAUCAGCCCAGGUUCCUCUCAACAAUAAACGCCACUCGGCUUCUUUAAGCCUGCGAGAGGACACAGAAGAUGAGAACCCUUAUGAUGUACUGCCAAUCCGUAGUCACCCGAUACCUGUGUCACCCAGUCCUCAAGGCUUGCUUCAACCUCUCACUGAUACCACUACAACACCAGCAGAUAAGGUUAAGGAACUUCAGCAGUGUACAACACUGAGGAACUCUGGGUGGAGUGAGACCCAUAACAGCAAUGGCGAAACAAGACUGGACAGCUACACCCCAGAGGACCCUGAAGACAUGCCAGUUCACAGAACAUAUUCCGUAACUGAAAGUGACAUCGAGGAAAGAUGUAACAAUUCCUCGCCAGAGAACCAUGUGGAUAUGCCCACUCACAGGAGGCAUUCCGUGACCAAAACUCUUGCAGCAGCCUUGCAGGAGAUGAGAGAGAAAUCUCUGUUCACUCGAAUGAGAGACCUCUUGAGUGCACAGCCUUCCAACUCCAGUACACACUCAUCCCGUAAAUGGUCUCUGAAACACAAAUUAUCCUCCUCAAGUAAGAAUAGUGAGUAUUCGCCGCCAAGAAAGACUUCUCUGUGUAAGGAAUCCUUAGACUCCUGCAGUGCUGGUCAAGGAGAGGGAAUAACAGUCUCUGUCAAGACUCUAGCAACAAGGAAAUCUCAAGUACCACCAGGAACACGUAAGUCUGAAACAUCACCAGGAACAAGGAAGUCCGAAAUACCACCAGGAACACGUAAGUCUGAAACACCACCAGAAACAAGGAAGUCUGAAACACCACCAGGAACAAGGAAGUCCGAAAUACCACCAGGAACACGUAAGUCUGAAACACCACCAGAAACAAGGAAGUCUGAAACACCACCAGGAACAAGAAAGUCCGAAACACCACCAGGAACAAGAAAGUCCAAGACACCACCAGGAACAAGAAAGUCCGAAACACCACCAGGAACAAGAAAGUCCGAAACACACCAGGAACAAGAAAGCCGAAACACCACAGGAACAAGAAAGUCCGAAACACCACCAGGAACAAGAAAGUCCGAUACACCACCAGGAACAAAAAAGCCCGAAACACCACCAGAAACAAGAAAGUCUGCAACCCAUCACAUCAACAUGUCUUAUCUCUACAAUGACUAGCAAUAACUUGCGCCUGUCUCUGGAGACUGUCGUUCCCAUCCUCUCCACAGAGUGAAUAUUAUAACUUAAAUAACUAAUAAAAAGAAGUGAAAUCACUGAGAGGUAUAAGAGAUUUGUAUAGUUUGCCCUCAGUAAGAGACUGAGAAUCAUCCCAUUUUAUACCUGAUAAUGGUCUAGAAAAGAUCGAAAGUGUGGGCCAUUUGUGAACUGUUCCAUCCACUGUAUUGUGAUUCUUAUCCUUCACUAAUUAUGACACUGUAAUCCAAGCAAUUUACCAAAUUGACUCAUUAAACAGUUAGUGUAUAAAGAGUUGUAGGGAUGUAUUGUAGGGGCUCAGGUAAGGUACAUCAGCACUGGGAUUCAGGGAUGAGGUCAAGUCUUUGUGGUAGUAAUUACUGUCAAGACUGUGAAGUACCCGGAGGUAAUUGCGUAGUUGGCUGAGUGAGUCACAACAUUGACUGCAGAGUGAGGGGGACCUGGGGCGAGGCCUAUAUAGAAAGGUAUUUGUGUUUAGUCAGUUAUUUAUUACAUGUUAAUUUGAGUUUUAUGUACCCAUAUGUUUUGAGAUGUGGGGGUUGAAAAAUUUGUAAGGUACUGCCCACGUAUAAUGAGGUACUACCCACGUAUAAUGAGGUACUACCCACGUAUAAUGAGGUACUACCCACGUAUGAGGUACUACCUACGUAUAAUGAGGUACUACCAAUCUAUCAGGUACUACCCAUGUAUAAUCAGGUACUACCCACGUAUAAUGAGGUACUACCAACGUAUAAGGUACUACCCAUGGAAUCAGGUACUACCCACGUAUAAUGAGGUACUACCAACGUAUAAGGUACUACCCAUGGAAUCAGGUACUACCCACGUAUAAUGAGGUACUACCCACGUAUAAUGAGGUACUACCAACGUAUCAGGUACUACCCACGUACAAUGAGGCACUACCCACGUAUUGAACCCUACACCUCGGCCACAACAAUGAAUCUCAGGUCACAAGAAAGACGACUCAAGAGCUUCUAAACAAGUAUCAACUCUGGUUAUCUUUACUGUAGACGUUUCGCCAUCCAGUGGCUUUAUCAGUACAGAUUCUAGGACAUAGCUAGAAGACAGUAGAACUAUAUACAAAACAAAAGGUAAUCAGUCCCUCAGCCUUGGAGUUGGUGUUGAGAGCACCGUAGUUGUAGAUAUUCUGUAGCACAGGCAAGAAGACUGGCGGUUAUAUAGGCGUCAGUGGACAGGGAUGUGUAGCAGACGAGGGCAUAGUCACUGGUAGGUAGGAUUCCCCAGUGGAAGUAGGUCCUACCCAAAGGGAUGGGUUAGUUGUAGUAGCCGUGAAAGUCUACUACAACUAACCCAUUUCUUUGGGUAUGACCUACUUCCACUGGGGAAUCCUGCCUACCACUGACUAUGCCCUCGUUUCCAGAAUCUCUACAACUACGGUGCUCUCAACACGGACUCCAAGACUGAGGGACUGAUCACCUCAUCUUUUGUAUAUAGUUCUACUGUCUUCUAAUCAUGUCCUAGAAUCUGUAUUGAUAAAGCCACUGGAGGGCGAAACGUCUACAAUAAAGAUACCCAGAUGUUGCACAUGUGUCUUAAACUUUCAUAUUGUCGGUAUUGUAUACCAUUCUUGCACAUCUUCUAAAUAAGUACCAACAUUAUACCGAAUAGUGAGUACAACUAAGAUGUUAAUGUAUGGAAUGAAGCAAACCAUACCACGGCCGGGGAUAGAACCCGCGGUCAGAGUCUCAAAACUCCCGACCGUCGCGUUAGCUACUGGACCAGCUAGCCACAUUGAGGGGACUUGAGCUAGAGUUCGUCACGGCCACGCUAGCUGGAGAUUCGUCUGUAAAAACUUGCAUUUGUGGUCACAGUGGUGCCUAUGCUAACCUUCCUAUGGUGUAGAAAUAUACCUAGUUGGAUGAAUCUUAUUGUGGCUAGCUGGUCCAGUGGCUAACACGACGGUCUGGAGUUUUGAGACUCUCUGACCGCGGGUUCUAUCCCCGCCCGUCGUAUGGUUUGUUUGCAAUCGUGUCAUUACGAUUUCGUGAGUCAUGGAAUGAAAUAGUUACAAGUACAUAUUACGAAGUUCGUUACGAAUAUGGUAACUCAGACUUCCUUACUAAGGUAGUUUCAUGUAUAUUCAGUGAGCCUUAAGCCUCUGUUGACUUAAGAAAGGGAUUUAACACUGUAAAUGAGAGCAAUGUGUGACAACAGGUUCCUUGGAUGAGAAACAUGUAGAAAUUAACCAAAAUUUUAACUCUGAUAUCAAACAAAUCAUAGUUUGGAGAUAUAUAUUAGAUUCUGUAUUAAUACAUGUUCUAACACCGUACCAUUUAAUGGCCCACCGAAGCCAUUAAAUACAGUAGUUGGAUAUUAAUCAUUAUUAUUCAUUAUCAGUGUCUAGAAAAGCCUGUGUGGAUUAUUUUCUCCAAUUUCAUCUUAAAAUUUUGGGUAGCGUGUUUGGAGGUGAGAAAUACUACCAAUCUAUUUCAAUGUGAUUUAUCCCCCAGAAAAAUGGAAAAAAUCACCCAUAUAUCGACGAUAGAAGGAUUUGAAGGCAAUUGUAUGAUAGUUUAGCCAUAUUCCUUCAUGGUAACAGAAGAAUUUGCAUAAGUUGGAGGUAAUAGUGAUCCCACAGCAACCACCUGAGAGCCCACAUUAAUGUUAAAUGUAAAAAAAAAAAAAUAAUUGUAACUGUAAUUUCCCAAAUCCUAGCAAAUAUUUAUCUAUUUAAACGUAAGUUACUCAAAUUACCCAAUAUUAACUUAUCUAACAAGAUGCUUACAAUAUCUAGUAAUGGAAUAUUUUCAAACAGUAACUCUCUAUUUAACGAUAUAAAUUGAUCUAUCAUAUUUUACAGAACAUACCUCCCUAUGAAAUCUAAAUCGCUCGUGUAGUUAUUUUUCUUGUAAAUAAGACAACAUUGGUUGUAGAGCCUCGCCAAAAUUAUUGUCCAAGGUUCCAGUAGAUUUUGUAGUUAGUAUAGAUGUAAGACCAUAAUUUACAAAUGUUCCACUCAGGAUAUAUAUAUA